UCAAGAAUGUCAGUUGAUUCGCAUACACAUCUUUAACGUUACUGGAACCGGUGGACAUGGAAAAUCUAUGAAAAUUGAUCUUGUCAGGAAGGAUAUUUUGAAUAAUAAUGAACUAUAUGACGUGCAUUGUUCUGCUGUGUUUGACAGCGGUGUAUGGCAAAAACAAAGGAGGAAGAGGCGAGGAGCAUCUCCUAAAGAAACUGUUUCGUCAUUACAACAAACUCGCUCGGCCGGAAGGAGAUCAUGUGGAAGUAGCACACGCCCUAUACAUGAGGCGAAUCAUUGCUUUACACGAAAAAGACACUGUUGUUGGAUUGGACGUUCUCGAGCAUCAAACAUGGAUUGACAACCGUUUUAUUUGGGACCCAAUGUCAUUUUCAAACGUCACACUGCUGCACGUGCCUAGUGACGUCAUUUGGAAACCUGACAUUGUGCUAUCCAACAGUGCCAAUGAAUACCCGAUAUAUAAAAAACCUGACUUCAACGUCAUUAUUAGCAACGACGGUCUUAUUAGCUACAGCCGUCUACAAACCAUCUACGCCUAUGGAUGUCAGAAUACUCAGGAGAAGAAUCUCGAAUGCAAGUUAGGAUUUCAUUCAUUGACGUACACCGGAUUCGAUCUGAAAUUGAAGAACGAAACGGCGGAAAUUGGCCUGGACGAUUUUGAUAACAACCUUAACCCAACAGUAAUGUUCGUGUCAGGAGAGGUCAUCCGCGAGGAUACGUUUUUUGCGUGUUGCCCGGAGCCAUACUCCAGUGUUACUUACACGCUAAUUCUUAAAAAAACUGUUUUGGGGACAGAUUUGCAUAAGCAGGAAAGACCCAUGGCAACAAGUUUACCAAGUCCAACAUCGCCAUCAACGACAAAGGAGAAACAAGUGGUGUGGUCAGAGAGCUCAGCAAGGUUGAUACCUGAUUUAAUGUCUUUCUACUCCAAUAUAGACCUUCCACCAUCUAGUGGACCUCCACUGACAGUUGGCAUAGGAAUGUCCAUUUACAUGGUUACUGGUGAUAAACGUGACCGAUUAGUAGACAAUAUUAUGGUUCGACUGACCUUCGAAGGUUACAUGUGGUUAACAUGGCAAGACAUGCGGCUCUCCUGGUCACCGGAAAAAUACAGUGGCAGUAACGCGGUAUAUUUACCUCUUCAAUCAGUGUGGGCUCCGGACAUUAAACACCAGAACAGUUCUCAAUAUUUCAAUGGAAGACAGGAUACGCCAGACUUUAACGAAAAAGAUGUCCGAGUGGAAGUUAGGAACGACGGAACGGUGUCGUACAUCAGACCCGUGGUCCUGUCCUCAUAUUGUAUACGCACGCCAAUGUCUGACAACGAAGUCCGAUGUAACAUGACGUUUGCGUCGUUGACCUACCCGCCGGGCGUGAUUCGAAUGACACACUUGACUUCCAGAAUCAGAACACAGUUAGAAAUGGAAUCCUCCGCUCAGGAAACAUCUUUAACCGUUGGGCCAAGAACAUUCUCUGCAGUUCAGUAUUCACUCAAAGUUGGACAAUUGCUUAGCUUCGGUUAAAACAAACAUACUAACAAUGUAUUAUUUCAAAUAUAUAAAAGAUUGCUGGUGAACAUUUGCGUUAUAAUUUUCCUUCUCCUAUAACAUACCACAGCCUUUGAAGUAUUUCAUUUUCUAUAUUAAAAUCUACAAUAUCAUUACUAUUUUAUGAUUCAGUUCCAUUAUUACCUUGUUUGUUAUAUAAACCCUUUACACGUAGCGCAACUCAUUUAUCUUCGUAUUCUUGUUUAAUUUUUUGUUGACGACAAACCUAUCUUUGUUUAGUUAAUUGAAUGCGGAGUCUUGAAUCCUCUCAUCUCAAAACAUUAAGCGCCAUCCCAUUGUCAACUUAAAAAUGUUGGUGUUCUUAUUAAUCGAAGGAUUUUAAAUUUAAUGUUGUACGCAUAGCAUCAUUGCUCUGGUGUACGAUAAUGGUUUAGAAUAUCCCGGAUUCUGGGAAAACGAUCUAUGUAAUCCAUGAACAUUUAGAUGUACUUCCUGACAAACAAUAUUUUCAUUGAAUAAAUUA